UUCAACUACCCACCUGGAGCUUUCACACGGAUUCAUUAAUUCCUUUUUACCCUUGCCCAUGUGAGAUAUUUUCUGCUUCUCUCUCUGAGCUUCUCAGUGGGUUUUUCCCUUUAGUUUUGCCCUUUAUGGCGUAUUAAUGGGCUUUGUCUAGGGUUUUCAUUGUCAAUAAAUUGUGGUAGCAGAGCAGCAGAGCAGAGUAGAAGAAGCUUGGUAUUCUGAGCACUGGGAGUUCAUCUCCAUCAGUGUGCGUGUUUGCAGUGUGAGGCAAAGAAACGUGGAUAAAUUGUAUCUGUUCAGAGGUGGGUUCAGGUUUAGUCAGGAUGACUUCCAACAGGCAUUGGCCAAAUCUCUUCAAAUUGAAGCCCUCAACUUCUCAACAUCAAUGGCAUCAAAUGACCACCUCUUCAAACAUCUCCGGCCCAAACUUGUCCUCUAAUGAAGGAACAUCGUCACGGGAGGAAGAGAGAGAGAGGGAGAAGGAGAAGGAGAAAGAGAGGAACCCAGACCCAAAACCCAGAUGGAAUCCUAAGCCAGAGCAGAUUCGAAUUCUGGAGAGCAUAUUCAAUUCUGGUAUGGUGAAUCCUCCGAGAGAAGAGAUACAGAAGAUCAGGAUGCAACUUCAAGAAUAUGGCCAAGUGGGAGAUGCCAAUGUUUUCUACUGGUUUCAGAACAGAAAAUCCCGAACCAAGCAAAAACAACGCCAUCUUCAGGCUUCUGCUGAAAAAUCCUCUAAACCCUCUGCCACUGGGCAAAGAUGUUUUGACCAAUAUGGUGUUACCCAUCCCAAUAACAAUACAAGCUCUUUCAUUGGAGAACUGCCUUCCUCUCUGCUGCCUUGUUCUGCCUCAUUUCCAAUGCAGUACUUGGGUUAUCAGCAGACUGAGGGAAUUAAUACUGCGCAAUACCUCAACAUGGAAGUAGCACAAAUGUGGAAUGAAGGUACAUCAUAUACUGGCAAUAUUCAUGGAAUGUCCAAUGUACCUCAGAAUCAACAGACCUAUUCUUCAUUUCUACACAAUGAAGGACAAGCUUAUCCUCCAUAUAUGGAUCACCUUGCAGCAGCUGAGACCUUUAAACCCCACCAAAAUCUCUUAUCACCGCCUCUGAAUGACAGCACUAUUAUUCAUUCAGGCGCCGAAUCGGGAGUGAGCAGCUCGAAUGCUUCUUCAUUCACCGUUUUUAUCAAUGAUGUUCCAAUCGAUGUUCCAAUGGGUCCUAUCAAUGUGAAGGCCCUCUUCGGUCCAAAUGCUGUUCUGUUUCAUUCCUACGGCCAACCAGUAAUAAUGGAUGAACAGGGAUUCACUUUGCAAGCCCUGCAACAAGGAGCUACGUAUUACUUGAUGCAAAUAUGAAUUGGUCGAUCGGCUCCCUAGAAUAUUGUUCUCUUGUCUAUGGCAGACAUAUUUUAUUCCAGUUAUAUAUACAAUGCUUAGAAAGUUUAUCAUGCUCAACUUAGUAUUAUGGUGAUUAUAUAGCGCAUUAGAGCCUUAUUAUCAGUCUUUUAAUAGACAAUGGCAGCCUGAGCUUGGGCUGACUUAUAGAUUCCUAGUAUGUGGUGUUUUGAUUCUAUAGCAUAACCACAUAUAUCUAAUAAGUAAUUGCACAUUGUAUUAAGCAGUAUACUAUUGGUUUAUUUUUUAUUCUAUAGAAGACAUUCUGCCAUUGUUUCAAGAUUGGAACAUGGUUUAUUUCCA